UACGUCAAGCUUGUGACUGGUCAUCGGUGGACGAAUCGUGGAGGUGGCGCAUUCUCAGUAAUUGGUGAUUGGAGAUCUCCAAAUAUUAGUCUGAUUAUUGGUUACUGCGUCCCAUUAGCUUUGGACCGCGGCUAAUAUUUUUCUAAAACACUUUUUAGUAAAUUAAUUUCGUUAUUGAAUUGCUGAAAUUUAUUUUGACGAGGUCGUCCAUUAUCCGUGUUGUAAUACAAGAUGUCGGUGUGCUUCUUCGUGCCUGCUGACCAAGCCGGGACCUCAACAGCGGAGGAGUCCCUCGAGCAGGAGGGGCCAGCGGAGGACUCCGCUGACACCCAGCAUCAGAACCUGCAGCAGUUCUGGGCUAAGGUCACUGAUGACAUUCGGAAGGUCACUUCGGAAGACUUCAAAACCCAAGCGCUGCCUUUAGCCCGCAUAAAGAAAAUCAUGAAGCUGGAUGAAGAAGUGAAGAUGAUAUCCGCGGAGGCUCCGGUGCUGUUUGCCAAGGCGGCUGAAAUUUUCAUCCAUGAGCUCACCAUGAGGGCUUGGAACCAUACUGAGGAUAAUAAGAGGAGGACUCUACAGCGCAACGACAUAGCGAUGGCGAUAUCAAAAUCCGACCAAUUCGAUUUCUUAAUCGACAUCGUGCCACGGCACGAGGUGAAGCCAAGCAAGCCACGGGAGGAUCCUCCGAGGCAUACCGCCACCGAACAUGUGGUGCAGCAACAGCAAACGUUGCCGACUACAAACCAGCAACAAUUUGUUAUACAGCCGUGCGCCCAAGUUGUGCAGCAACAGUCCCACAGCGCGGCCCCGAGCGUGGUGCCGCAGCCCGUGACGCUGGUGCAGCAGGUGGUGACCCCGCAGGGCGACGUGCAACAGCUGCCGCUGCAGCUGACGCAGGCGCAGCUGAACAUGAUCCGGCUCCAGGUGCAGAACAAUCCCACGCAGCCCAUCAUCAUACAGGCGCAGCCGCACAACUCGCAGAUUAUACAGGUGUCAUCGCAGGCGCAGCACCAGCCCCAACAAGUGUACCUGCAAGUGGCCAGCCAAGAAGACUCCUAGUGAACUCGACUCGGG